UAUAUAUGAUUGACAAUAUAUAUGGCAAAAAAAAAAAAAAAAGACGAAAGAGGCAUGACGUCCAACAACUCUUUGGCGCAGAAGUUAUUUGGUGCAAUUAAGAAAACCCAACUGCAUGCCUCUUCAACCCCUUCAAAAUCCUCUUCACUCCCUUCGAGAUCCUCUUCACUAGUACUUUAGAAGACACACAUUUUUGCUCUAAAUCCAGUCAAACAGCAUGAGAAGCUUACAAGUUGUAUCACCUAGCUCUCUUUUAUAUUUUAUUCAUGGUAUUUUUGCCAACAAUUAAAGUCCAACUUUAUUACGUGGGCCACAAAUUAGGCGAUCAAAACGCUUCUGGGUCUCAUAUAUUGUGCAUUUUCUUGGUUUAUACAUAAUAUUAUUAUUAUCAUUAUCUCUCUUUUCCUCCAAUCAAGGAAGAAAGAGCUAGAAAAUCUUUGUACCCCCUCAAACUUUGUCUCACACCCAGCUGAGAUAUCGUUGGCUAAUUACUUGGGGAGUUUUAAUUAUAUAAGGAAAAGGACGUUUGAUUACUUUUGGUAUAGAAAAAAAACCCAAUACAUUUUUCUUACCAAAAGGAUUUUUGGCGCCGGAGCUAUAUCUCAGAAAAAGGUGAGAUGAUGAUGAUAAUGAGUCUUGGGUGGUGGAGAUUGUUUUGUGUUUCUUUAACUGGAAUUCUCUUCUUUCAAGCUGCCUUCUCUGCCUCUGAAAAAGCUCCAAACUACACAUUCAUGCACAAUGCCACGUCAGCACCAGACGUGUCAUACUACGACUACAUCAUCAUAGGCGGUGGGACCGCCGGCUGCCCAUUAGCCGCCACGCUCUCCCAAAACUACACCGUUUUGCUCUUAGAGCGCGGCGGCUCGCCGUACGGCAACAACAACAUCACCAACCUCUCCUCCUUCGGCGCGGCUCUCUCGGAUCUCUCGCCCACCUCUCCAUCCCAGCGCUUCAUCUCCGAGGACGGUGUGAUCAACGCGCGGGGUCGCGUAUUGGGCGGAGGGAGCUGCCUGAACGCCGGUUUCUACACACGGGCCGCCACGGACUACGUGAGGAACGUCGGUUGGGACGGUCGGCUGGUCAACGAGUCGUAUCGGUGGGUUGAGCAAACGGUGGCGUUUGAGCCUCCGUUGGGUGAGUGGCAAUCGGCGGUAAGAGAUGGUCUCGUGGAGAUUGGGAUUCUGCCGUACAACGGUUUCACGUACGAUCACUUGUACGGGACCAAAGUUGGUGGGAGCAUCUUUGAUCGUGACGGUCGGAGACAUACAUCUGCUGAUCUGUUGCAGUAUGCUAACCCCACUGGGCUUACCGUGCUCUUGCAUGCUUCUGUCCAUAGGAUCCGUUUCAGAACUAAAGGAAGACCACGGCCUCUCGCCCACGGGGUGGUCUUCAGAGAUUCAUUGGGAGUGAGGCACAGAGCUUACCUCAAGAGAGGGUCCAAAAACGAGAUUAUUGUCUCAGCAGGUGCACUUGGAAGCCCAUAGAUCCUAAUGUUGAGCGGGGUGGGCCCAGAAGAUCACUUAAAGGCCCACAAUAUCAGCGUCGUGUUGGACCAGCCCAUGGUUGGCCAAGGCAUGUCUGACAAUCCAAUGAAUGCCGUUUUCAUCCCUUCUCCGGUUCCUGUGGAGGUUUCACUCAUUGAAGUGGUUGGCAUCACCCACUUUGGAAGCUACAUUGAAGCUGCCAGCGGCGAGAAUUUUGGGGGUGGUUCGUCUUCAGCUUCUGGAAUGUCGUCUCCCAAGGUAGCCCAGUUCUCCACCAAAGCUAUGCAGUUUAUGGACAACCUUGACGAAACUCCAGCCUUUAGAGGUGGAUUCAUUCUGGAGAAAAUCAUGGGUCCAGUAUCCACAGGCCAUAUGGAGCUCCGAACCCGUAACCCAAAUGACAACCCAUCCGUCACCUUUAACUAUUUCAAAGAAUCCCAAGACUUACAAAGAUGUGUUCAAGGCAUUUCAACCAUAGAGAAAAUAAUUGGAUCAAAGGCCUUCACAAAAUUCAGAUAUGACACUUUGCCCUUUCCUGCUUUACUUAACAUGACGGCGAGUUCGCCAAUAAACUUGUUGCCUAAACAUGAGAAUACCUCGACGUCUUUGGAACAAUAUUGUAAGGACACUGUGAUGACCAUUUGGCAUUACCAUGGAGGCUGCCAAGUUGGCAGGGUGGUGGAUCAUGAUUAUAAAGUUCUUGGCAUCGAUGCACUUCGAGUUAUCGAUGGUUCUACUUUUAAUUACUCCCCUGGAACCAAUCCUCAAGCCACUGUCAUGAUGCUCGGAAGGUAUAUGGGAGUGAGGAUAUUAAGUGAGAGACUUUCUAGUGAGGAAUCAUAGUGACGAUCAUGAUGUGGAGCCGCUGCUUUUUUUUUUUUUUUUUUACACUCUUUUGUUUUUCAAAAUAUUGGUCAGUGUUUGAGUGAAGACAAUAUCCACUUAUAGAGAUUUAAUUGUCAAUUCAAAGAAAUGUCAUUAAAGUUCUUGUGAAGGAAACCCUAAUUUGAAUUCAAAGAUUUCCUUUGAGGAUUAAUAAAAAAAGUUAGAGUUUUAAUUUCUAGUUGUUCUA